AUGACCGGAAGUCACUGGAUUGAAGAAAGCGGUCUCUUGCAUUCGCCCAUUCUCAUUACCAACAGCUUUGCCGUAGGCCCAUGUUAUACCGGUAUCUACAAGUACGCAAUCGAACAUUAUGGGAAAGGCGAGGAGGGCAUUGAUUGGUUCCUACUGCCAGUCGUUGCUGAGACAUUCGAUGGGCACCUCAACGACCUGAGGCAGUUUGCCGUGACGCCAGAACACGUUGUGAAUAGUAUCAUUAAUGCUUCCAACAAGCCCAUAGCUGAGGGCAACGUGGGUGGCGGAACAGGCAUGAUGUGUCAAGGGUGGAAAGGCGGCACCGGGACCAGCAGUAGAAUAGUGCUUGGGGAGAAUGCGGUUUCUUACAAAGUUGCCGUUCUCGUCCAAGCUAAUUAUGGGAGACUCCAGCAUCUGCAUAUCUCGGGUAUCCCGGUCGGUCGAAUCCUACAAAAGAGAAAUGCAAGGAGUCAGGCCGCCACUGCUCAUGACAAAGAAUACAACGAGGCAAAAGACAGAAAGGACGGGUCUAUCAUCGUCAUACUUGCUACGGAUGCACCUCUUCUUCCCGGCCAGCUCCAGCGGUUAGCCAAGCGAGCAACGAUGGGCCUUGCACAUGUGGGUAGCUAUGCUCACAACCCUUCAGAGGAUUUGUUUCUUGCAUUCUCUACAGCUUCUGAGAUACCUGUACAGACAGUCACUGGCCAGCACAAGUCCAUUGAUCCCUUCAAGCCUAAGCUUAUUGACAUUGAAGCGAUCGACAAUCAAACCAUCAAGAGUCUUUUUAAAGUAGCGGCCGAUGCUACAGAAGAGGCUAUAUACAAUGCACUUACUAUGGCUGAGACAAUGGCCGGCAAUAUGGGCCGGACGGUAUAA